CUCUUUUUCUUCGAAAUAGCGCGUGGCAAGUUGUUCCCGCCGUGGUCCCGGUUCGGUGCAGUAUAAUAGCAGAUUCGCAAGGAAUUUGAACGCCAUCUUUUCGCAAAUCCAACGCCAGCAACCAUGAAAAUCUACAAGGAUAUCAUCACCGGGGACGAGAUGUUCGCCGACACCUACAAAAUGAAGCUGGUGGAUGACGUUAUCUACGAGGUGUAUGGCAAGCUGAUCAGCCGUACUGGCGACGAAAUUAAACUCGAAGGUGCGAAUGCAUCUGCCGAGGAGGUCGAUGAGGGCACCGACACCAACGUGGAGUCCGGCGUCGAUGUGGUGCUGAACCAUCGUCUGGUGGAAUGCUUCGCUUUCGGCGACAAGAAAUCGUACACCCUCUACCUGAAGGACUACAUGAAGAAGGUGCUGGCCAAGCUGGAGGAGAACUCGCCCGACCAGGUGGAUGUCUUCAAGACAAACAUGAACAAAGCCAUGAAGGACAUCUUGGGCCGCUUCAAGGAGCUGCAGUUCUUCACCGGCGAGUCCAUGGACUGCGAUGGCAUGGUCUCUCUGGUUGAGUACCGCGAAAUCGAUGGCCAGAGCAUUCCAGUGCUCAUGUUCUUCAAGCACGGUCUCGAGGAGGAGAAGUGCUAAACUCUGAGUGUGCGUGUCUAGCUGUUGUAUCUGCACGGGAUGGCGCGCAGCCUCGAAGACGACAACCUCAGGCCCACAGCCACGGCCACAAAGAAGCAACGCCCCAUGCUGCAGCAGACACACAGGAAUGGGGCACCAUCACCGACCCCGCCCCCUGCCGACCCCAACCAGAGGAACAUACUCAUGCAUACCUUCUAUAUAUUUAUCCGAUAAUUAGUUACAAUUUUUGAAAGUCCUAAAUUUAUGUUACACUGCUGACGAAUCCUCCCCAGUACACCGAACGAUGCGAUUUUAUUUGAUUUAUUAAGUACAACCAAAUUUUCUAUAAUUUUCAUUUCAAUGUUUAUUGUUUAAAUAAUGCAGCAGAGCAGGCAAAUUUGUGGUUGUAGCGAAAUGCGAACCGGGAGAAAAGAACCAAAAUACAGUAGCUAAAACUAAAUAAGAUCUGAAACAACUAUUGUAAUUUGAUAACAUGGUAAAAAAAAAAAUAAUAUUUUGAUAGCAACAACGCAAUUUUGUGUGCAUUUUCGUUUAUGUUUCAAACAAAUAUCGAUCAAGAGAAAAUUUACCGACAAAAUGGAACAUAAGUACUGAAUUAAACGGAAACCAUAUACAACUGUAAA